AUGAGUUACUAUAAAGCUAUCUGCUACGACUACCACGCAAAUUCGAUGUUGAACUUUGUCAGUCUCGCUUCGCUCGCUUUGGCAGCAUUGUACUUGGUAUCCCCAGUUAUAGGCCACGGUCAUGUAACCGUCCCCCCCAGUCGCCAAGAACGUUGCCGCGCUGGAGAAGUACCGAACUGCGGUGGCGCCCAAUGGGAACCACAGAGUGUCGAAGGUUUAGCGGGGUCAUUUGCCUGUAACGGGGAUGGAGCACGUUUUCAAGAACUCAACGACAAUUCCUUAUUCCAGAACGCCUAUUUCACUGUCCCAGAAGGCACCGAAGAACUCGCCUUUACUUGGGUAUUAACCGCACCGCACAGGACCCUGGUUUGGGAAUACUUCGUACUCACCCAGGACAACACCCUUUUGCUUUCGGAGCCAGGAUUUAACGUCACCCCUCCGGCAAUCGUGACCCACCCGGUUCCAUUGAAUGGAAUUAAAGGGAGGCAGACAGUCCUUGCGCGAUGGACCAUUGGCGAUACCCAGAACGCUUUCUAUUCCUGUGUCGAUCUCUUGAUCGGAGCUGCUGAGACAGCCACUGCCGUUGCUGGAGCAGUCGCUACACCAAUGCCCGUUGCGAUGCCCUACGGAUUCCAUGAUUCACUCGGCCAUGAGAAUUCCGCCAACCGCUCGGACUCUUCCAGUGCUGAAUCGAGUCGCGCGGGUGCACACAAGGCCAUCCAAAACUUCCUGUACAUUCAGGGACCACAGUCCUGA